CAGCUUAUAAACCCAUCUGCUGCCGAGCCUUUCCACUCUCUGUCCCCGCUGUAUGAAUCACUGACCCGAGCUGCAUCCCUGAUCUACCGCAACCGUGAAGAUGGCGGCCCGGGUCGUAAUAUUUUUCAAGACCAUGCAAGCAGCGCGAUGCCCGACAGAUGAGCUAUCGCUGACUAAUUGUGCCGUGGUGAGCGAGAAAGAUCUGCAGUCAGGACAACAUGUGACUGUGAAGACCACACCCAACCACAAGUUUGUGUUUACAGUAAAGACCCACCACACUGUGGCAGCUGGAAGCAUCGCCUUCAGCCUGCCUCAGAGGAAAUGGGCCGGUCUCUCCAUUGGCCAGGAGGUGGAAGUGUCCAACUACAACUUUGACAAGUCCAAGCAGUGCAUCGGCGCCAUGACAAUCGAAAUUGACUUCCUGCAGAAGAAGAGUACCGACUCCUCCCCCUACGACUCAGACAAGAUGGCCGCCGAGUUUAUCCAACAGUUCAACAACCAGGCCUUCUCUGUUACCCAGCAGCUCGUGUUUAGUUUCUGCGACAAGCUGUUUGGCUUGAUGGUAAAGGAUAUCGAGGCCAUGGAUGCCAGCAUCCUCAGAGGAGAGCCAGCCUCUGGAAAGAAACAGAAGAUCGACAUUGGGCUGAUGGUGGGAAACAGCCAGGUGAUUUUUGAGAAGGCAGAGAGUUCAUCCCUUACACUGGUUGGUAAGGCAAAGACCAAGGAGGCCCGACAGACAAUCAUCAACCCAGAAUGGAACUUUGAGAAGAUGGGAAUUGGAGGUCUGGACAGGGAAUUCUCCGACAUUUUCCGCAGAGCCUUUGCUUCCCGAGUCUUCCCUCCAGACAUUGUGGAGCAGAUGGGCUGUAAGCACGUGAAGGGCAUCAUGCUGUUUGGGCCUCCGGGCUGUGGUAAAACGUUGAUGGCCAGGCAGAUCGGUAAGAUGCUCAAUGCCCGCGAGCCCAAGGUCGUCAACGGCCCAGAGAUCCUCAACAAGUAUGUAGGAGAGUCUGAGGCCAACAUCCGCAAACUGUUCGCCGACGCGGAGGAGGAGCAGAAGAGGCUCGGAGCCAACAGCGGCCUCCAUAUCAUCAUCUUCGAUGAGCUGGACGCCAUCUGCAAGCAGAGAGGCACAGGCGCCAGCAGCACGGGCGUGCACGACACUGUGGUCAACCAGCUCCUGUCUAAGAUUGACGGCGUGGAGCAACUUAACAACAUCCUGGUCAUCGGUAUGACCAACAGGCCCGACCUGAUAGAUGAUGCCCUGAUGAGGCCUGGCAGGUUUGAGGUCAAGAUGGAAAUUAGUCUGCCUGAUGAGAAGGGUCGUGUCCAGAUCCUGACCAUCCACACCAACAAGAUGCGAAACUUCGGCCUGCUCGCUCCUGAUGUCGACAUCAAGGAGCUGGCAACCGAGACUAAGAACUACAGCGGUGCAGAGCUGGAGGGGCUGGUCAGGGCUGCCCAGUCCACUGCCAUGAACCGACACAUCAAGGCUACAGCUACAGUGGAAGUGGACAUGGAGAGGGCAGAGAAGCUGCAGGUCACCAGAUCUGACUUCAUGGGGUCCCUCAACAAUGACAUAAAACCUGCAUUUGGUACAAACCAGGAGGAUUACUCCACCUACAUCAUGAACGGCAUCAUCAAAUGGGGAGACCCAGUCACUCAUGUCCUGGAUGAUGGAGAGCUGCUGGUACAGCAGACCAAGAACAGUGAUCGCACACCACUGGUGGCUGUGUUAUUGGAGGGUCCACCCCACAGUGGAAAGACAGCCUUGGCAGCUAAGAUUUCAGAGGACUCGCAGUUCCCCUUCAUUAAGAUCUGCUCUCCAGACAAGAUGAUUGGAUACUCAGAGAUCUCUAAGUGCCAGGCAAUCAAAAAGAUCUUUGAGGAUGCUUACAAGUCGCAGCUCAGCUGUGUGGUGGUGGAUGACAUUGAGCGUCUGCUGGACUAUGUCCCCAUCGGACCUCGGUUCUCCAACCUGGUACUCCAGGCUCUGCUGGUGCUGCUGAAGAAAGCUCCCCCAAAGGGCCGGAAGCUGCUCAUCAUUGGCACCACCAGCAGGAAGGACGUGCUGCAGGAGAUGGAGAUGUUGGACGCCUUCAGCACCACCAUCCACAUCCCCAACAUCUCUACUGGGGAGCAGCUAGUUGAAGCUUUAGAGCUGCUGGGGAGCUUCACGGAGAAAGAGCGCGCCAGCAUCGCACAGCAGCUCAAAGGGAAGCGAGUCUGGAUUGGCAUCAAGAAACUCCUUGGGCUCAUCGAGAUGUCGCUGCAGAUGGACCAGGAUUACAGAGUGUCCAAGUUCCUGUCUCUGCUCAGAGACGAGGGGGCGUUGAAUGAAGGCGAUCAAAUCCGAAUUUAAGCUGUCAAACGGUCUCGCUGUGCACCGUGACCGCAGCUUCUAUGAGUAGAGGGCUUUGGAGGAAUGAAGCAACCAUCUCGCCACCAACAAGCCAUCCACAGGACACCCACCCACGGCCCAUCCAUCCAUCCGUCUGUCGGUCUAUCUGAAUACACACCUGGUCCAAGAGAGGAACAAAGGAGUCUUUUCAUCUCAGCAUGUCUCCACCUCACCAUCCUCCUGCUCAUCAUCACCAACUACACGACAUAUCGCAGCAAACUACUGGAAGUCGUACUGUUACAAAUCUGUUAUCUGUAAAGAAAUUGCAAUAGAUGAUUGUAAAAAAGUGCUGUUUUGUGCAUCGUGCGUAAAAAUAACAACAAAAAAAGCCAUGUAUGUUUUUCGCUAUAGUAUGUGUUGUAUUUGUUGCAUAUCUCUCGUCCUGCUAAAGGUAGUUAUUGUUAUUGUGAUAUGUAUCCUCACAAACACAAAAUACACCCGGAACUGACACAAACCCAGAACCCCUUUGAAUAUUAAGAUGUGAAUCUAUGAGAGGCUUUUAGUGAAUGUGUAGUGGCUGUAAAAAAGAAGCUGUUCCAUGUGUAAAUGUAAACCCUUUAAAUAUACAGUAUGUAACUUGUUCAUGUUCUGUAAAUAGUAUAUAUAGACAAAAUGCAGUAUAUCACCAGAGUAAUUUAAAUGAUCUGUACCAAGUCUAUUUCGUACUAUAUCAGUAUGAUUCUUCUUCCCUUAUUGCUCCGGAGAUGUUACCAGGUUACUGUAAUAGUGAAAGUAAAUGUUGGAUUGUUGGCCUGUCUGUCUGUGUUGCGUGCAGUACAGUUCAGUCUAGGUAGUGUAGCUACGGCAUCAUCAGUGUUAAAAAAUAACAGAAAAUAUUCUGCACUUUUAACAUUGACUCAAAAAGACCUUUAGUACUUAUCUCAACUCGAGCUUGUGUCCGCUCGUGUGUGCAUGUGUGAGGGACUAAAUGCUGCAUGUGUCCAGUGUGUGAGUGCGUGUGAGUGUGUGGUGGCAGGAUGUGCUUCUGAAUGUGAGCAUGCGUGUGUUUUAAGUGUGUGUGUGCAUCUGGAAAUCCGGGUUUAGACAUUUGGUGGUUAAUUUGAUUUGUGGGGUUUUUUCUCAUGUCAUGUGUUCAGUGCUUAUUGUUAAAAGUUCUUGUUUUGUUCUGACCAUUGAUGAUGUGUGUGUGUGUGUGUGUAUGUGUGUGUGUGCGCGCGCGUGUGAGUGUAAAUAUAUAUCAACAUGCAGAUGUAUUAUUGCAAUAAAAGGCACAGAUGCACAGGAAAAAGAAA